GUGUCAAUCGCAUCGCUUUCACUUGCUUCUUUUCAAAUAUAAGCUAAGGAAGCUUCAUUGCCAUUCCCUGCUGCAGAUAGCUAGCACCACUUGCUUCCGCCUGAUCUGCAGUCUUCCAGAUUGCUUGGAUCAGCCAGUAUAGAGGGAACAGGCGAAUAGCAGAGAAGCCACCAUGUCAUCAGAGGAAGUGGCAAAGAUGGAGGCGGAAAUGGCACAAAUGAGGCGCUGCAGUAGCCCAGGCCAAGGUGGUGUGCCUGUGACGGUGGUGUACUACCUGUGCCGCAGCGGACGGCACCUGGAGCACCCACACAUGUUGGAGAUGCACCUCGCCUCUCCAAAUCAAGCCCUCUACCUCAGAGAUGUGAUCUGUCGCCUAGACGAACUGCGAGGGAAGGGCAUGGCCACCAUGUAUUCCUGGUCCUGCAAAAGGAGGUACAAGACCAGAUUCGUGUGGCAUGAUGUGAUGGAGGAUGAUAUGCUGCUCCCCGCCCAGGAAAGCGAGUAUGUUCUCAAGGGAUCCCUCUUGCCCCUCCGCCACUCAACACCACCUAUAGUUGGAGCUGCACCACCAACAAAAGAUCAUGACCAGCUGAAUAUUGAUACAACCAUUAUUCCAAAGGCCCCAUGUGUCAAGGCAAAUCCACAUGAAGAGUCACCAACUCAUUCGCAAAAAGGCUGGACUACUAAUUCAUCAUCAUCUCCUCCAAUGGUUGAGGAUGAAGAACCACCACCUGUAGCUCUGCACCAAGGGUCACAGCCAGCACUAUCAUCAAUAUCACCAUCAUCUUGUUGCACCACUGGGGAUGGAGAUGAUGAGACAGCAUCACCACAUCCAAGCUGUUCAGGCAGACCCUCCUCCCCUAAUAAGUCAACAACAAAAGGAUCCUCAGGUGGCACACUCUAUCCCACUCCAUCUAGCCUUGCGCUUCACAGCAAGCAGAUGAUGCCAGGGUGCUGCUAUGUCAUCGCAGCAGCACAAGACUUGGCGACACAGACCCAAGGAAUAUCAACAGGGAAAGAGAUUCACAAGGACACUAGUUGCAGUACUGAUAGCACACCGGCCAAGGCAACCAUACCUACCAACAACAAGCAGCGGGACAAUGCAGGAUAUUUCUAUAGCAGAAGUGGUAGGAGUGGGACUUUGGAGUCCUUGAUAAGGGCUGAGGCUCAUGGCAGAAGGGUCGCCACUGCUAAGAGGACCCAAGAAGAGGACGACGACAAAGAAGCAGUGCAGUCAUUUGCCACAAAGCUGAACCCUGCCAACCUGCUGAUGAGACUUGUGGCUUGUGGGUCGACCAUGUCAGCAAGGCAGCAUCUCCCUGCCUGCAGUCUCAUGCGAACAGCACACAAGCCCCGGUAUUUGACCCAACAUGUUGAGUUCCUGCCUUCAUCUCCAGUCUUGUCUCCCCUUGGCACGCUCAUCAUGCGUCCUAGAAGUGCUGAUGAAGCCAGAGGAGCUUCAGACUCAGGGGACUGCAACCAUUGCAGAGGGAAACUGCUUCAAACUACAGAGAAUAGGUGUGAGUCAGGAAAAGUGAUGUCCACCAUUGUUAGGCCCUCCUCACAUUGUGACCAUAACAGUGUUUCUGAGAAAGAAGUCCCCAUAGCAAAUUUGGAUAAUUUGGAGGACGGAAGUAAACUUAUCUCACAAAAAAUCAGAAUGGCACCAUGUCAGCAACACACAAGUGGGACAUUUGUAACCACAGAUGUAGGUGGCGAACAAAAAUCCAAUACAUUGUCAAGAAGUACGAGCAAAAAGAUGAUCAAUCCAUCAUCACGACCUUCAAGAGUAUCAUUCCACGACGAAAGGGAGAAAGUGAUCAAGAUUGAAGAAAGAAACAGGAUUGAGUAUCUUGCCAACACCAAUAAAGCUGUGUGGGGCAGAAAAUUUCCUCCCAAGGUUGUACUGUACAGAAGCAUAAAUUUGCACACAAUUUGGUUGCACUGCUGUUACAUUUGAGUCAUGGCUACUAUUGUACAGGCUACAGUCCAUUGAUAUUACAAAUUACUAGUAGCAGUUUGCAUGUACUGCGAUUCCUCCAUCAUCCUCUGGUACUUGUACAUGCAAGUGCUUCCAAUCUCCAGUUGUGCUUACUUGUUUAUACAUGCUCCAUUGUUCCUAUUUGUAUCCAGGUCUACUAUGUACGGCUUGCUGACCAGUAGUAAAUAUCUUUCCAUCUUGUUUUUAAUUCCUCCAUCUCAACAUUUACUAAUGGCCUUUCAUCAAGUGACUGAUUUUUUUACUCAUCAUUCUUGAACAAAUUGAGUGCAUGGUCACACAAAAUCAACUGGCAUGUUUCUUAUAUACCGAACUCGUACAUUAAUGUAUUAGAUAGUGUUAUGACUGUCAAGCUGCUGUCAUGGGGUGGCAGCCCAGAGCAUGGAGGCCAUAGAGAUAGGCGCAAGGUUAGGAUUAGUGGAUAAAGAUUAGAUUAGAUAAGAUUGAGUUAGUUACAUGAGAUUUGAUUAGAUAAGAUUGAGUUAAUUACUUGAGAUUAGAAUAGAUAAGAUUGAGUUAGUUACUUGGAUUAGAUUGGAUAAGAUUGAGUUAGGUACUUUGCGGCCAAGUCUUCCUAUCUAUAUAUAAGGAUGGGUUGUACGUCCUUAAGGGGGGAUGAAUCAAUGAAUAAGAAUUAAUCCCAUAUCUCUCCAGUGGUCUAGUCCUCCCCCCCAAGCCGACUCCGCCCAGCUAUCUUCCCGGCAUUGUUUAUCCCCCUAUUUCAUAGGAUCCAUAACAUCUGGUAUCAUGAGUCAGGGAUCCUUUUCCAUAACUUCUGCUGCAGACAAUGUACACACCUGGCAUGAGGAGCUCACUCGUGCCUAGGCAGAUCUAGAGCAGGUCCGAUCUGCUAUCCUCCAGCUCUGUGAUCUACUUGCGGAAAAUGUGGAGUAUGCCCGUCGAUCAACGGCGGCAACGCGAUUGCAGGCGGCUGCAAGUGGCUUCCUGGCGUGGAGUCCAGUAUGGCAAGUUGCGGCAACGGCGCAGCUGCGGGCAGCAGCUUGCCGUCCUCAGGUAGCACACGGCUUCCUGGCACAGCGUCAAGCACGGCAUGCAGCAGCACGGUUGCAGGAAGUGGCUUGACGUCUUCAGGUUGCGGCAAGUGGCUUCCUGGCACGGCAUCAAGCACGGCAAGUGGCAGCAGUGGCACGACUGCAAGCUGCGGUCUGUCGUUCCCUAGCACAUCGACUUACAUCGCUAGUAGGGUUGGCUGAUCCUCCACUCCAGUUCACCGUCCUGAUCAAUAGCCAUGUUGAUAGCAAGAACACGUCUAGUUGGGUGGCGCUAUCUCCACUGGAACUCGCGACAACUCAGGCUGUAGAACUGGUGAGCUGCAACGUCUUGGCCUUUGCAGCCCGGACGAGGUUGUUCCUAUGGGAUCCAGGGCCACCAACCUUGGCAUAUGUUAGGUUCUUUAUUUAAUGCAAUUAAAGUCGAGAUGUAAAAGGUUUCUAGUAGGGUUGCACUUUCACGUGCAGAUCAAGUUAGAAAGUAAGGGUGUUGUCAUGCACUCCAUUACAGCUCGAGGACAAGUUGUCUUCGAAGGGUGGGGGAUGUCAUGGGGCGGCAGCCCAGAGCACGGAGGCCAUAGAGAUAGGCUCAGGGUUCGGAUUAGUGGAUAAAUAUUAGAUUAGAUAAGAUUGAGUUAGUUACUUGAGAUUAGAUUAGAUAAGAUUGAGUUAGUUACUUGGAUUAGAUUGGAUAAGAUUGAGUUAGUUACUUUGGGGCCAAGUCUUCCUAUCUAUAUAAGGAUGGGUUGUACCUCCUUAAGGGUGCGUUUGGUUGGAGAGUCAAAUAGAAUAGAGUGUCUCCAUUCUAUUAUUUGAGAAUGGAGCCAUUCUAUUCUGCGUUUGGCAAGAAUAUAGUCGUUCCAUUUUUUGUUUGGUUGAAGAGUAGAAUAGAGCGGAGCCGUUCCAUUCUUUGUUUGGUUCGAGAGCCGUAUAGGUGUAGAGGGGAGGAGAGGAGGGAGAGCGCUCACGUCCGGAGAGCACUCGCAUCCGGUCGUUUUUAUGGAGCGGGAGUGUUCCAACUACUUAUAGUAAAUUUCUAUAUGGAGAUCAUGAGCCGAUCCACUCUUAUUUUGUUGGAAACCAAACAUCCAGAAAAUUGGAAUGGAGCCAUUCUAUUCUUCUCCACUCCUCAACCAAGCGCACCCUAAGGGGGGAUGAAUCAAUGAAUAAGAAUUAGUCCCAGAUCUCUCCAAUAGUCUAGUCCCCCCAAGCCGACUCCGCUCGACUAUCUUCCCGGUGUUGUUUAUCCCCCUAAGAACUAGGAUCCAUAACAUCCGGUAUCAUGAGUCAGGGGUCCUUUCCCAUAACUUCUGAUGCGGACGAUGUACACACCUGGCAUGAGGAGCUCACUCAUACCUAGGAAGAUCUAGAGCAGGUCCGAUCUACUAUCCUCCAGCUUCGUGAUCUACUCACGGCAAAUGUGGAGUCUGACCGUCGAUCAGCGACGGCAACACGAUUGCAGGCGGCUGCAAGUGGCUUCCUGGCGCGGCGUCCAGUACGGCAAGUUGCGGCAAUGGCGCGGCUGCAGGCAGCAACUUGCCGUCCUCAGGGUGCGGCAUGCGGCUUCCUAGCACAGCGUCAAGCAUGGCAAGCGACAGCGUGGUUGUAGGCAGCGACUUGACGUCUUCAGGUUGCGGCACAUGGCUUCCUGGCGUGGCUGCAGGUUGCGGUCUGUCAUUCCCUGGCACAUCGACUUACAUCGCUAGCAGGGUUGGCUCAUCCUCCACUUCAGUUCACUGUCCUGAUCCAUAGCCAUGUUGACAGCAAGAACAUGUAUGGUUGGGUGGUGAUGUCUCCACUGGAACUCGCGACAGCUCAGGAUGUGGAACUGGUGAGCUGCCACAUCUUGGCCUUUGCACCCUGGACGAGGUUGUUCCCAUGGGAUCCAGGGGGACCAACCUUAGCAUAUGUUAGGUUCUUUAUUUUAUUUGCAAUUAAAGUCAUGAUGUAAUAGGCUUCUAGUAGGGUUGCACUUUCACGUGCAGAUCAAGUUAGGCAGUAAGGGUGUUGCCAUGCACUCCAUUAUAGCUCGAGGACAAGCUGCCUUCGAAGGGUGGGGGAUGUCAUGGGGUGGCAGCCAAGAGCACGGAGGCCAUAGAGAUAGGCUCAGGGUUAGGAUUAGUGGAUAAGUAUUAGAUUAAACAAGAUUGAGUUAGUUAUUUGAGAUUAGAUUAGAUAAGAUUGAGUUAGUUACUUGGAUAAGAUUGAGUUAGUUACUUUGGGGCCAAGUCUUUCUAUCUAUAUAAGGAUGGGUUGUACCUCCUUAAGGGGAGAUGA